UUGUUAAAUCGUGACGUUUCAACCUUAUGAAACGUCACAUCCGGGUCCAAGUUGUCUGAGUCUCUCGUAUUUUCAAUAUGCCACAGUGCUGUGUCCCGUGUUGCUUCAACAGGUCCGAGUCAAAAAAAACUACUAAACUGUCUUUCUACCGCUUUCCUUGCGAUGAGAAAGAGAAAAGAAAAUGGCUGCAGAUGAUAAGGCGUGAACACUUCACCCCAAACUGCAACUCCAGGGUGUGCAGUUGGCAUUUCCCCUUUGGCAAAGCUGCUGGACCAUCGCGAUUUGCAUGGAACGAGGAAAAAAUUUUCCAACUUCCCGAUCACCCCAGCAUUCCCCCUAAGCGGAAGAAGCAAGUGGUCCCUACCAGUGCUGAGAAUGAAGAAAGUACAGAUAUAGUACCCACAGAUAACAUUGCAACUGUACAGGCCCGUAGUACUUCAAAAAGUCUUGUGAUGCUUGAGGUCGAGAAUGACAUGCUGAGAGAAGAGAAUGAGAAAUUGAAAAAACAAUUGGAGAAACAGAAGCAAACAUUUUCUUUCAGUCAGAUUUCCUCACAUCCUGACAAGGUCCAAUAUUACACUGGAUUGCCUGAUGCUGCCACUGUCCUUUUUUUGGAAGCACUCCUUUCUAGAUUUGAGCUACAAUAUCAUUCUGAUUGGACUGUACAAAUUAUGCCCCUAAUUGAUCAAUUACUCCUUACCUUAAUGAAGCUUAAAUUGAAUUGUGGCCAUGUAGACCUUGCAACAAGGUUUAAUUGUAGCACAGCCACAGUAACUAACAUCUUUACCACUAUCCUUAGUGCACUGUAUGACAUUUUGUAUGUUGGUCUACUUCAGAACAACAUCCCCUUCACAGCCAAAAAUCAGACAUCACUGCCAGACUGCUUCCGACCUUUUCCAAACUGUAGGAUAGUGCUUGACUGCACAGAGGUUGCUGUUUCGAACACAGAGAGGCUGGACACACAAAGUCAUUUGUACAGCCAUUAUAAAGGAAGGACCACGCUAAAGGCUUUAAUUGGUGUGUCUCCCAAUGGAGUGAUUACCUAUGCCAGUGACCUGUACGGUGGGAGUGCCUCAGACAAAGCAAUAACAGCGGACUGUGGACUUCUCCAACAUCUACAACCAGGUGAUAUGGUUAUGGCAGACAAGGGCUUCACAAUUCGGGAUAUUUUGCCAGAGGGAGUCCUUCUUAACAUCCCAUCUUUCCUUGUCAAUGGACAGUUUACACAGGAGGAAGUCAACAAUAACAGACUCAUCUCCAGUGCAAGGAUACAUGUGGAGCGGUCCAUUCAGAGGCUGAAGUUGUUUAGCAUUUUGGACCAUAUCCCAUAUCAAUUUAGAAAAAACAUCAACAAGAUACUGAAAGUAUGUGUGUGUCUUACUAAUUUGCAAACACCCAUUCUCUGUGAAAUUCAAUAAAUUAACUAAUUGUG